AUGUCUACCAUCCUGCUCGAGCAGGCCUCUCAUCCGUCAUCCUUCCGCAACGACCGAGACGGUCUCGCUUUUGAAGCUCUUUGCGACGAGAUCGAACGUGCCGACAUCGUGGCAGACCAAGCUCUCCAAAAUCAGCAACUUCCAGCAGACGAGGACGAGGGCUCCAAAUUUGACGCGGACAAAGACAAGACCCAGUUCCGUCAAUACGAAACUGCCAGUGACCGGGUUAAGAACUUCUAUCUCGAGCAACACACCAAGCAGACAGUCGCCUACAAUCUCAAGGCUCGACAUAACUUCCACUCCAAAACUCGCGCCGAGAUGUCGAUCUGGGAAGCUAUGGAGCGUCUCAACACCCUCAUCGACGAGUCUGAUCCAGACACCGAACUUGGACAGAUUGAGCAUCUCCUCCAAUCUGCUGAAGCCAUGCGCCGUGACGGACGACCUCGCUGGAUGCAACUCACUGGUCUGAUCCACGACUUGGGCAAGCUCUUGUUCUUCUUUGACGCUCAAGGUCAAUGGGACGUCGUUGGCGAUACCUUCCCUGUCGGCUGCGCUUUCGACAAUCGCAUCAUUUAUGGCAACGAGUCCUUCGCCGCCAAUGCAGACUUCGACAAUCCGAUCUACAGUACCAGGGAAGGCAUUUACUCACCCGGCUGCGGCCUUGACAACGUCAUGCUUUCGUGGGGUCACGAUGAAUACCUCUAUCACGUCGUCAAAGAUCAGUCAACACUCCCCGAUGAGGCUUUGGCGAUGAUCCGCUAUCACAGUUUCUACCCGUGGCAUCAACAAGGCGCAUAUAGAGAGUUCAUGAAUGAGAAAGACUACGAAAUGCUCAAGGGUGUCAAGAAAUUCAACCCUUACGAUCUCUACAGCAAGAGCGAUGAACGACCAAAUGUAGAGAAGUUGAAGCCAUACUACUUGGAGCUGAUCGAUGAAUUCUUUCCAAAGAAGGUCAUUAAGUGGUAA